GCAGGAACACUUUUUUUUUCACUAUAACUCUGAAGAAGUAGAGCUCUGUGCUGCAAUAAAAGGACACAAGUUUCCUGUGUGGGUCACCACGAUACUCAUUUCCCAUCUCUCAGUUGCCCUGUUUCAGUCUGAUAGUAACAAUCAAUUUGUCAUCCUGCAGAGUCAUAUAUGGAGAUGAGGACAGAUGCACCACCUGCUCUGCUAUCACAUUUCAGCUUCCUCCUGUGGAAAUAAGAAAUGAUUCCAAACUGCUGGAAGGAAAGCUCUUUUGACCUUCAGGAAAAUUCAGAUCCAGACCUGGACUUUGUAGCUAGUUGGACUUCUAAAUUCCAAGUAAAGCAAAGUAAAAAAACACAACACUUAAAAGCACAUGACAGGAAUAAAAAGGAACACAUCUAUCUGAAUGUGAACCACAGCCCUUCUUCCAAGAAACUGAUGAUGAGAAGACAAAGAACAGAGGAGAACAUCACAAACAAAGAUUUUCCUGGUUUAUGCACCAGCCGCUGUAUUACUGCAGUGAUUCUAGGGAUCCUCAUCUUGGCAUCGCUGGGAACAGCACUGGGUUUUAUUAUCAAGGGCUAUCCAUGCCCACGCUGCCCUGAGCAGUGGGUCACCUACAGAGGGAGCUGCUACUGCUUCUCCAAGCAGAAGAAGGACUGGCAUUCCAGCCGGCAGUCCUGCGGGGCACAGGGAGCUCAUCUCCUCGUCAUCAGUGAUACCAGCGAAAUGGACUUCUUCCAGAUGAUGCACACCGAAUCCUACUGGAUUGGUUUGCAGAACAGCACUGGUUAUGACUGGGUCUGGGAAGAUGGCUCAAAACUAAAUGGAAAAAAUGUCCUGUUCAACAGCCCCGUGCAGAACUGUGCCGUUCUGCUGGAUGGUGCCAUUCGUGCUUCCAGCUGUGAAAUCCUUGCCCCAUGGAUCUGCGAGAAAUCUCUUCAGUGACCUCAGUGGACCUUG